AUGCACCAGAGCGACCGAUGGCGAGCGAUGCUGGAGUUUGGUGCUGUAGAGGCUGUGGGACAUGAGAUCGACCCUCAGCUGCUGCAGAUCUCAUAUCGAAAGGGCCAGGAAGAGGAGCUGGAGACAGAGGUUGUCUACCAGGAUGCAGCUGGAGCAACGGAGCAGCCGCGGCUCCUGGUCUCCCUGAAAGCUGUCAGCGCUCUGAAGCUCCUGUGCGAACACGAGCAUGCCAGGUGUGACAAAGUCAGCCGCAUGUUGGCAGAGUGCCGGUCAGCGUACUACAAGGAGCUGCGUUGGCUCCGAGAUCAGCUCUACAUGGCGUACGAGAGUGAGGAGGAUGCCCAAACCCGCCGGAACCUCCUCACUCCCGACGACUUCGAGGUCUAUUGGUUUGAGCCCGAGAAGUUCCUUGACGAGGACACGAGGGACUUCCUUAUAAGAUGCAUCCGUGAGACGAACCGCCGGCUACUGGAUGAGAACCGGCACCUGAAGUCGACGCUUCAGGAGAUGAACCUCUUUGAGAAAGCUUCCCUGCCAACGGUCUUGAAGAGGCUGAAGCUCAAGCACGCCGCUGCGCAGAUCAUGAUCGAGCUGUACAACCUGCUGCGGACCCGAGCCGAGAUGAAGAAGUUUAAAGAAGCGGCCUGCGAACUGAUCGGCAUGGCAAUGCCAGCUCCCGGCACGGAUGGCGCUGAGAAAGCUGAAAGAGCUGAAUGCACCUCGGGUCCCAGCCCUCCAGCAGAGGGCGCGGAGGCUGUGACCUCCCCGGAGGAUCUUCGGAUCAAGGUGCAGCAGCAGGAGGCGGAGCUGCAAGAGCUGCGCUCGCGGCUCUCCUCCGCCAUCGACGCCUGCCUGGAGCGGGAGAAGGCGGCGGAGGAGCACGAGAGGGCCGAGCGGCUCCAGCAGCGGGUCUUGGACCUGGAGAGGGAGCGGAACGCGGAGCGCGGCGCCUUGGCCGAGGCGCUGCGUGAGCUUCGCGAGCUCCGCGAGCUGCAGCCGGAGCUGGAACGCGUGAAGGGCCGCAUGGUCCGAAGUGUUCACAAGAUCAGCGAGAGUCUGCAGGGUCUGGGCGAGCUGGAGGGUGAGAAGGCAAGGAGCGCCAGGACGCGGAGGGCGCUGUCCUGCGCAGAUUGGGGCAGUUGCGAGGAGGAUGACGCGGAGAGCGUUGCUGGAAGCUUCAGGGCAGCCCUCUCCCGGCUGGACUCCUUGGUCGUCGCCCUCCCAUCCACAGUGCAAGAUGUGGCGGAAGAGAUGCAGCAGCUCAAGCAGCGCUUUGACCGCUGUGAGCUGGAAACCACCUCCAUGGCCCCGACGGCAGAUCCAGAGGAGCCGCUGUCGGUCGGAGAGGUGGAGCACAGCCCCGCGGCCAGCUGCACUGGCACCCACGAGACACUCUCCGUAAGGACGGAGGCCCCGCUGGCCUCGCGGGAUGGGGAGGCGGAGUCCUCGGAGGCCCGAGUGAGCCCCAGUGCUUCGGAAUCUCGGAGCCGGCACGCCGACCGUGCCGCCGAGCCCAGCGAGCAUGACGAGCAUUCUGCCGAGCAUGCCGCGAAGCUGUCCCAGCAGGUUGAGGGUUUGGAGAUCAAGCUGGAGCUUGCAAAUCAGAAGAUCCGCGCCCUCAAGGAGCAGUUGCUUCGCCAGCAGCGCAGGCUACCUGAAGGGGAGAACGCAGAGAACCUGCCAGGCGACAAAGAGGAUGCGGCGGAGAUUCCUGACUUCAUGCUCCCCUACCAGUUGCUCGCAAAGAGGAAGUUGCCAAGAUGGAUGAUCUUGAGUCAGGAUGCCGCCCUCAAGCGCAAGAAGCGGGAGUACCUCGAAAAAGCUGAGAACAAGAGCGUGGGCAGCUUGGGGAAGGAGGUCUUCGCGGCCUUCGACUUCCUUGUGACCGCAGCGGAUGCGGCGGACGGCGUGCAGCCAGAACGGCAAGCAGGCCGAUUACCAUCUCCGUCGCCUUCCGCACGUCGCUCUUCAGCCGAGGUGGCGGUCUUCGGUUCCAGGCUGCAAAGGCUGCACAGCACGGCAAGCGCGGCAAGCGCGGCGAGCGCAGACCCGGCGAGCCCACACUCCCAGAACCUGCCGUGCCUUCAGCGCCCGCCCCGGACGGCUUCGCCGGUCGAAAUCACCCAUCCAUGGCAGCCAUGGGAGGCAUCCCGGCUCCCUCGGCGCGAGCGCGUGGACCGCAGUGUGGACACCAAUGUGGACCGCAUGGACCGUGCGGACAUGCAUCGCGAUUUUCAAGGCUCCCGAGCCACCUGCAUUCAGGGCAAUGCCAUUUUCAGCAAAACCGCGAACGCGGCCAGUUUCACAUCUCCCAAGGAGAGCAAAUUCGAGAGUCAGGCAUAUGCCAACUAUGCCAACUAUGGCCAAGCAAAGACACAGGACAUACAACCGGUGCAACCGGUGCCGAGAAACGCACAAGUCCCGUUCCAAGAUCUGCAAAAAGAGAGCCUGACACGCUCUCACAUCUUUCACAUCUUUCGCUUCCUCGCCUACAUGGCCGCGACGCGAUGA